CAACCGUAAGCAAAAAAGGAAACCAAGCAGACAAAUGCGGAAGUACACCAGCGUUACUAUCUCGCGUGGUAGACUACUCACUGAUCUUCGAGGUAUUGAAAACCAGCCGCCAAACUUCGAAGCAUUUCGUUUUGGAAACGCUGCAAAAAUGGCGUCCAAACAGAAGUUAAUAAAACGCCAACAGAACAAGCUAAAUACCACGAAGUUAAACAUUACGUUUGAGCCUUCUAGUAUAGACUCCACAUUGGUUGAAGAGAAGCUGUUUGGUCAAGUAGAGGACGAGGCCAGCGACGACGGACCCGUGGUGUUUAUCUGCGGAAAGUGCAAACUGCCAGUGGGAGACUCGAUGUCCUGGGAUGGAAGUGAAGACGGACUCAACCAGAUAAGACUUAAGCGUGUCACAGAAAACGUCGUCGUUGGAAAAGAGAAUCGACUCUACGAAGCAGAUCAAAAGUCCGCCUGUCUAAUCAUGGAUGUCUUCUGUCGAGGCUGCCAAACCGUGCUGGGCAUGGUGUAUGUAUCCACCCCAAAAAACAUGGACCACAAGCGAUUUGCGUUCUGUUUCAACGUAGCGGACAUUGACAGCUAUGUACUUGGCUCAGCGAGCCAGAUGUUGGCAGCAGAGGGCCCCAAAGAGCAGCCGGUCACGCUGGAGUACCGAGGCGUUGUUCAACAGCAGCUGUCAGAGUGAGUCCGCUUCAGAUCGCGUCCAGUGUGUAGCCGUCCAAGCACAUGUUGAGUUUCAUCCUUUUAAACUGUUUUGAUGUGUAAAAAUAUUUGGAAUAAAUGAAAUGCCAGCUCCAGCAGGAGCACAUGCUCUCUCUGUUUAUCCUGCUGACUGUAAACUUCUCUUUGCUUACAGGCAGUUUGUUAUUGAUUGUCUAUGCACUUGUACUAAUGAUGACAUCAACUUGGUUCUGGGAAGCUCUUGCUGCUGUGACGGGUAGACUGUUGUAUCAGACAUUACCUCAUCACUUCACGCUGCCCCCUGUGAAUACAUGUGGUAUUCUUCCUAUUCUAGUUAGAUUAAAGCAUUUGCCUUUGGAGUCAUGUUGAAUGUUGGUAUUUACAGUUAAUGCAUUUCUACAUAUGCAUUUAAUAAUUUUUCCUUUUAAAUGUCUUUCUGUUUUGCUGAGGCUCAAUAGACUUAGUAAUAUAAAAAUGUAGAGGAUAUCGACAUUUCUAACAGGAGCGCUGUAGGAAUUGGCAAAGUUAUUCUGAAUAAUCCUUUGUUUAAAACACAUCUUAUAAUAGUACAAACUGUCCAGUAGGUGGCGAUGGCAGGCAGGAGUACCUGCCAGUCCUCCCACAGUCUGGCACCGGGGACAAUAGCAGCGCUUGGAAGCAUGUUGAGGAAUCUUUUGUUGGAAGGAAAACAUGUUUUGCUCAUGAAGUGUCUUUGUCAGUGAGGCCGAACGCACAACUGCUAUUCGGCCCUCGACUGUGGCCUGCGAACUGCUGCAGGUGACAUCUGGGCCUGUGCGCUGAGAUGUUAUCUAAGCAACGAUACCCUUAAACAGGUUCUACUGCCUGACAGAACAGAAGGCAAUAACAGCUACACGUGAGCAACAAAGCGCUGCAUGUGCCUUCAAGUCCUCACGUACAUUCGUACAUAUGCGUGAGUUCACACCAGCUGCCUUGGCAUUAUUGUGUCUGCGACUUGUUCAGUCACUUUGGGUGAAUUAUUGCCUCCUCUCACCCGCUCUACAUUUAUGACCCAUAAAACAAAUACACGUCUGACUUAAUCAGUCUUUGAGUUUAUCUCACACAAUGAAGCCAGUGUCACUGCUUUAAUAAUGAUUCUAUAGUGUGCGGUGGAGACGGCUGCCUCAGGGCACUGUUUAAUGAAAUGAGUUCCCUUUGGUUAAUAUAGGUUACUACUUAAAUCCACCGUCGCCGACCUUGUUUGUUCUCAGUGGGAUUUGGCUGGAGAUGAAUCUGGCUGUGGUUGCACACUUAAUUAAUUGUAUGCGGUUUCAUAGCCACAGUUUAUUGUUAGCUGUGCUGUAACAAGUUUAUAAUAACCUUUGGGUGAUUCGAGUACAACCAGUGCUGUCGGCGUCUGCUGAUAUACGGCUUUUAUUUCAGGCCUCUGCCGUCAUUUUAAUGCCACAUGAUCAGUAUUCCUAUUGAUUUUUAGAAAAGGAAAACUCAGCAGUCAUUUCUGCAGGUGUUUAAAUUAUUUGUUGACCAAGUUCCACCCUUUCAUUGUGAAGCUUUGCUCUUUUGCUUACCUUUUUAUUGGGUUUUGUUUGGUUGAGGCUAUUUUAGAACUUUAUCGAGGAAAAAAAACCCUUCUUAAUUCUGCAACUUUCCUCUCAGGACCCCACCCGUGUCCUACAUUCGUUCCUCUGUCCUUAGCUAUUCUGUCCUGUAUGAUCCGAUGCCACCACAGUUAAUGUAUUCUGUCUGUCUGUCUGUCUGUCUGUCUGUCUGUCUGACUCGUAGACACUUGUUUGGGUGUUUCAUCUUAUACCCUCACUGACCUGCCUCACCCCUCCCCUCCCCUUCCCGGCCACCUCCCCUCUGGCUUUGUCACUCUCCCUCACUGUCGCUGUUCCCCCUUUUUCCAAUUAUCUUCCACUCCUCCCUCCUUUCUUCUCCACUGCCUCCUGCUGUUCCCCUCUUUCCCCACCUGUCCAAUUCUCUCCUUCGCUUCCUCCCUUUGCUGACUCGCAUCCACGCAUUCCCAUGCGCUCAUAUUAAAUUUUCUUCCACUCUGCCUCUACUGUUCAUCUCCACACCUCCCACCUGCACCUCCUGAUAUUGUACCUGUUCUCGUCCAC